GGCGCCACAACCAUUUCAAAAGUUAAAAACAUUUCAGCAGUUCAGUGUUCAAAUUUCAACGAUAAAAUUGAGAUUUCACUUUGGUUGAAGAUGUGAAACAAGAGGAUAUUCAGAUCUAUGUGAUAGGAUUACACCACCACAAGUGACACAAUCAAUCUAUCUCAAUAUUGGAUUAACAGAAUUGUGAUGAAACCACCAAAGUCUGGGAUUAUUCUUCGGCCUGUAAGACCACAUGUUUGGACACUAAUAAGCUAGACAACAUGGCAGAUAAACAGACUCCAUCAGGCACUAGUAUUGAUUCUAGGACAUCUGUAGACUCCCAAGACAUCCCGCUGACAAGGCCACGUAAAAGUCGCUCAACCAUCAAUUUGAAUGCAGCUGCUUUGUUAACAGAAAGUGACAUUGCUAUCAUCAAUGGCUCAAGUGAUGCAGCCAGUGCAAGUGAGACUUCUCUCAACCAACACAGUAUAGAUGACUUAGCUAUGGGGAAACCUACUGGGGCUCUGGCACUGAAGAAGAGUCGCUCAAGCACCAUACACAAGUACGGUUUACCAAAGAAGGAUACCUCUAUUGUGUUAGAUGGACGAGAUAGACAUUCACGUGAUACCACAUUCAACAGAGGUCCAAUGAAUGGGGGACCUAGUCCACGACAGUCUAUCAGUGAUGCCAGCAUGAGUUCAUACAGAGGCAUGUCACCAGACCCAGAUCAGCAUUCAAGGUCCAGUACUCCUGCGAGUUUCAGAUCUACUUCUACACGACGUGCUGGAAGUGGGACCCCCGAUAUACGGUCAUUCCUUAUUGAAAAGCGCCUGAAUGAGGAGGUUAUUGAAAGUCAACUACGUAAACUCCAAGUGGAGAAUUCCAGUCUUACCACAGAGAAUAAACUUCUCAAGGAGAAAUACAAUAGAGCCCAAAGUAAGAUCAGUAGUCUUGAGUCCCAUCUUCUGAAUGCACAGUCAGAAGCCAGCCAUAUACAGGAUUCUCUUAGUCAUGAAGUGACAGAGUUCAAGCGACACAGCCGCAGUGAAUCUGAGAAAGAGCGGCAGAACUUAGAUCGUCGAGUUGCAGCAUUAACAGUUGAGACGGAACGCUUAAGGUUUGAGAGCACAUCAUUGGAGAGACAGCUAGAAGCAGCCAAAAAAGCAGCUGAUACAGUCCGCAGUGUGUCUGAUAAAGCCAGAGUGAUUGAUGUUUAUAAAAUUGAAGUAGAAUCCCUCAAGGAGGAAAUCAAGAAAGUGAAGCUGCUCCUCCAACAAUGUGAAGGUGAUAGACAGAUUGAGGUAGAACAUAGGAAGGAGUCAGCACAGCAAGUCAUCAAACUGGCAGAGAUGAAGAACCUGCUACAGCAACAAGUGGAGAUGAAUGGCUCUCAUAUGGCAGCUGAGAAACAGGUUAGAUCUCUCGAGAAGAGACUUAAGAUCACUGAGGAAAGACUACAUCAAGAGAGAGCAGACAGGGCUGGAAAGUUAUCACAACUAGAGGAUAAACUCAUCAAUGAAAAUGCUAGAUUACAGGUUGCUGAAAAAGAAUCUAAAAGACAAUUAUUAAGAGAAAAAGAUAGGACUAAAAAUUUAGAACAUAAAAUCAAACAUUUAAAGGAUGAAUGUGAUAGGUUAAUGGAAGAGGUUCCAGAUCGCAGAUCACCAGGGUUACUUAGCAUAUACGGGUCAGCAGAAAAUGGUUAUAAAGGUCGCUGGUCAUCAAUAGUCCAUGACAACAGAAAGGUUUCUGAGCAAUAUGAAAUGAUUAAGGAUACUCUACAAAGAGAUGAAGGCAUUAAACCAUCCAAGGAACAAGACAUUGUUGUGUGUAUGUGGGUACGCAAACAGCAGGCUGUUAAGGCACUCACAGAGGUGGAGAACCAACUUAAAGAGUUAGGGAUUGAACGCAAUAUUAAAGAUAAUUUAAAGAAACUAGGGACAGACAAAGCCAGUAUGGAAAGUAGGCUAGCUCAAUUACAGGAGGCAUUAGAUGACAAUACACAAGCAAAAGUGGAAUUAGAAAAAACAUAUAGCAGUAAAAUAGGCGGUAUUAUAGAAGAGAAGCACCAACUAUCUGCAAUGGUGAAAAACUUAGAGGAUAAAUUAAGAGGCCUUCAGGUGGAGAAUGACUCACUGAAACACUCUGUGGUGAGUGGCUCUGGUAGGAGCACCCCAAAGGGAGUCAACAGUUCUGGACAUUAUGAAGUUCAAAUAGAAAAAUUAACAAAUGACAACCGGACAUUAACAGCAGACCUCCACCAACAAAUACGCAAUAUAAAACUUCUAGAGGGUGAACUUGAAACUGUCAAGAGCCAGUUGGCUGCCAAACAUCAGUCUCUAGAGGAAGCCCUUGAUGAACUAGAUAAAGCAACUAACAGGAGACUGACAGAUGAUGAUGUUAAUGAUCAGCGUCAGAUCAGAAUUGAUCACCUUACUGCUGAGUGCCAAGGACUAAGAGCUGAGGCAAAACUCUGGCAGGACAAAUGUAGCAAUGCAAAACUGGAGCAAUCUCAACUUGAAGAAAGACUGGAAAUCCUUACUACAAAAAUUCGCUCAUAUGAGGAGAAAAUACGCAAAGAAUCUUCAUCAUUUGGAAGCUUUGAAUCUCAAAAACUGGAGUUGGAGAAUGAGGUACAUGAAAAGGAGAUCCAUAUCUCCAAGGUAACAGCUCAAUACAAGGAAACUGAGGAUGAGUUGCAACGUGCUAAACAUAAACUGCUUCUUGAACAGGAGGCCAGUGCUCAACUUGCAGAGGAGAUGGAGAAUCUGCAAACAGAUUUACGUCAAGGUGCUAGGGUUGUUGAGAGACUUCAGGGGACAGAACAGACAUAUAAAACUGAGAUAAUGUCACUUAAGGAAAAUCUAGAUGCAGCCAAUAGAGAUCUUACUCAGCGAACUUCUGAGAUUCAAUUGCUCAACAUAGAACUUAACAGACACAAAGAACUAGUCACAAAAUAUCAACACGAUCUGGAUCAAAAAGAGUCCAUGAUUCAGAAACAACGUCAGGAAUUACUUUCUGAAGGGCGGAGGAGUACAGAGGCGUACAGCGACCACAGAGUGCGCCAGGAACAUUUGGGAGAAUUGGAGAGAAAAAUACAAGCCUUAGAGGCUGAUAAGUCAACCCUACAGCAUGAGCUUAGUAAAACCAACCCAAAUAUUGAGCGUGUUGUGCGGGAGAAUGCAGAGUUGAUGGGCCAGAUGAGGGAACUGAAGCAGCACCUGGUUGGGGAACAGGCAAAUAUCUGUCAACUUAACAAAGAUAAAGAUGACAUACAUCAGAAGCUGCAGAUGGCGAUAGAGGAAAGAGAAAGUUACAAGCGAGAGAAAGAGAUUUUAGAGGUUGACCUUGCUAAGAGGCAGGCUACAAUGGGAGAGACACUUUGCAAGCUGGAACUAGACUCUAAAAAGGCUCGUGUAGACUAUGAAGCCAACUAUAAAAAUCUCAGUGCAGAUGGUAAAAGGCUUGCUAGUGAAUUGGAAACGACCAAGAGGCUUCUCGAGGCCAAGGAACGGGAAAUUGACUUUCUCAAUGAUACAAUUGGUCGACAGAAACAAGAAAGUGAAUCUCUAAAUCGUAAGAUCGAGCUUCUUCAUGACGAGAAUGCCCAGAAUAGGAAUGAUCUGGAGAAAAUCACCAAUGAUCUUACAACAAAGAUGAAAGAAUUAGGAUCUGCGAAAGAUGUAAACCAGCAGUUGAUCAGAGAGAGGAGUGAGCUACAAUUUGUUAAGUCUCAACUUGAGUCAGAAGUCAACAAGGAGAAGAAUGAACUCAACAAAUCGAGAGAUGAAUAUGACUCAACACAUAGAAAACUUGAAAAUGAACAAGAAACACUCAAAACAACUGAGAAAUUACUGCAUGAAAAGGAGACUCAGGUGGUUGCCUUGACAACAGAAUUAACGCAUGUAAACAAGCAUGCUGCUACCCUAGAGACUGAGUGUGACACCCUGAAACAACGGUGUGAGAAACUGCAUGAUGAUAUGCUGAACUUGACCAAUGUGAACACUGCUUUAGAACACAAAUUAUCUGUUGAGAAAUCAUCAUUAACAGAAGAGAGGACAAAUGUAGGCGUGACCAAAGACAGCCUGAAUGAAUGCCAGCAGAAACUAGACAACCUCAGACAAGAGUAUGAAAUAUUGGCAUCUAGCUUGGACAUGGAGAAAAAAUCAGUGGCCAGUCUGAAGGAUAAAUGCCAAGUUGAGGAAGCCACUCAAAUGAAACUGGAGGAGAGAUUUAGAGGAGUACAAGUGGAGAAUGAGACACUUAGAGCACAACUUAAAGCAACUAGGGAACAGAAUGAUCAACUAAAGAAAGACAAACAGAACCUUAAUUCAGACAUGCAAGAAAUAGUUGGCAAACUGUCUGAGAAGGAAUCUCUAGUGAACCAACUACAGGAGAAAUGCAACCACACAGUGGAGUCUGUUCAGAGAGAAUAUGCUUUAGAGAAAACACAUAUCACCAAAGAGAAAGAAAGUGUUGAAGAAAGAUGUUGCAGAUUAGAGACUGAAAAACAAGAACUGAAUGAGAACAUUAAACAAAAAGACACUCAACUAGAGGCAUUUGGGAGAACACUACGUGAACUUGAGGAAGAAACAAAAUCCAGAGAAUCACUUGAGACUAAAACACAAACUCUCCAAUCAGAUAUCAAAGAAUGUCAGGAAGUAAUCAAUAAUUUGCGCACAGAGAAUGUUACUCUACUAGAGCGGGAAAAACACCUUAUGGAUUGCCAAGAGAAUGAUAAAGAGACAAUUACUGACUUAAGAGCUCAGAUUGUAAAUCAGCAGGAUGUUGUGGAGGAAAAGUUAAGCACAUUAAGGAUGGAAUUGACAUCAACUGGUAGUAAAUGGGAUGGCGAGAAGUCUGAACUCAGGGAUAAACUCAAUAAGGCUACUGCUGAACUGAAAGCUAAUGAAGUUGCACUUAGCUCCCUGAGGGACACUAAGGAACACUUCCAUACAACUAACAAGUCACUGGAGAAGACACUAGAUGCCCUGAAGGUGGAACUAAAUGAGGCCAACACUAAUUGGAAGCUUAGUGAACAGAGGGUUGACACACUGAAAACUCAACUAGAUGAACUCAGGAUCAAGAAGCUGGAAGAUGAAGAGAAAAUUGCCUCAUUGAAGACAAGCAUUGCUAAACAGGAAUCUGACUUAAACGUAGAGCGAGAGGCAAGUCGUAAACUACAGGAGGUUCACAGAGAGCUAGAAGGCACAUGUUCUGCACAAGAGUCCCAUUCACAAGUCCUGCAGGACCAGAUCUCAGCUAUGCAGGGUGAGCUAUCUAAUUUAAAGCAGAAACUGACUACACAGAAACAGACUCUAACCAGUAAGAAUAGAAGCAUCAGCCUGGAGCUGAAACAACACAGCGAUGCAUUUGAAAAGGAUCGCAAUAAAUUACUUCUCCAGGCUCAACAGUUGUCUGUGGAUUUGGAACAGGCAAGAGAACAAGUUGCGAAGAAAAAUCGAGAAAAUCUCAAGCUUCAUGAAGAGGUGCUGGCAAUUGAGGAGCGUAUGAGGGAGACUUGUACUGAACUGAAGCAGUAUAGAGACAGUUUACAGGUUGAGAGGGACACCCAGGAACAACUGAACAAGAAGAACCAGGAAUUAGAGAUGGAAGUGAACCGACUGAAGCUGGCCAUGAUGAGCAAACAUGAAGAUGAUCUGGACAGUAGUGAUCUAGCCUCAAAGGCUGAUGUCUCUCGUAUGCUGACAGAAAUCACGCUGCAACUAAGGAAUCAAAUGAAUGGCACACAAGGCACAGAUAGUGUUGAUAGUAAACUCAUAGAACAGUAUAAAGCAAAGAUUUCUGAGCUUGAAUCAAAAUUAGCUAGCGAGACGGCAAUGCUGGAUGUGAUGCGUCGUCAACUACAGCAAGUGGAUGAUGACAAUACAAGGUUACGUCAACAGCUGUUGAGUAAAAGGAAAAUUAACACUGGAUCUGACAGUAAUAAACGCUCCAGAAGUAGAAUGGAGGAAAUUGGAGAGAUUAUUAUGAGAUCACAAUCUCGGGCAGCAGCCAUGUUGUCGGCAGGACAAUUCACAAUAGAUGGCGACCCAUUACAAACCAUGACACCUUCAAGGGACUUUAAUGCUUCAUUACCCAUGUUUGCUUCACCAAAUCUUGAAGCACAAAUGAAUGACUUCAAUGGAAGUUUGCCGUUUACCUCGAAUAAUAUGUUCAGACCACUGCACACUGCUACUCCUACCUCAGGUCAAAAGCCUGCAAACUAAAUUAAAUGGAUAUUACUCACUAUAAUUUGUUAAAAGUACAGCCAAUCAUAAAUCUCAUCUAAUAAUUUAUUUCAAUUAGCAGCUUGUAUAUCUGGUCCUUCUCAGUAUGACGUACAGCCCAAAAAUGCUCCAUUCAUUUUCUGGGACUGUAUGCAAGACUGUUCUGUACUCCUACUGUAUCUCAGAAAGUUUAGAAUUUCUGCAGAAAUUAGAAAUUAUUAUGUAGUUUAAUUGCAUUUACAUGAUUAUAUUUCUUACUCAUAACUUGUAAAUUACUUGCAACGUUGACAAAUGUAAAGAUAAACAACAGUGUGUUAUCUCAUAAAACAAAAGUAUUUUAAAUGUUAUAUACAUUGUAGUGUUAGGAAUUGUGUGACCAUUUCCAUGGUGCCAUUUACAUGUAGAGUACAUGUAUAAGAACAGCCGUCCAACUAUGCAUUAUUUCAAAUAGGUGCUCCAUACACUAUAGGUGUAAAAGAUAAACAUAUAUAUGAGAAGGCCAACUAUUUAAGAAUCAAACAGUACAGUAUGAUCAUGGAGGGAAUUCAUCAAAAUCAGAUAUCUGACUCUGUGGAAAAAGUGUUGUUAAUUUAAAUCUAGGUUGAUCUUUUACACCUAUAAUGUAAAAAUCCACGUCACUAUGCAUAGCAUAUUCAGUCACAAAUUGUAAAUAAUUUUCAUACUGUAUUCACAUAUUGUUCAUAACUGUUUUGUAGUACUAUUACAUGUACAUGUAUAUUUUUAUCCAAUCCAUUUAAAAAUUAUUUAUGUACAUUGAUUUGUUGUUAAUUAUGAUACUUAUUGUCUGUGAGUUCUAGUUCUAGUGUAUGACCUAACUGUGUGAUGUUACAAGUUAAAAAUCUGCCAAAUUGUACAGACAUCACCAAUAUUUGUGAAAAUAGCCAAAAAAUGUACAGACCCAAAUUAAGGAAUGCGUUUAUUAUUCUACCAUUUAAUGCUUUUAAACCUAAUAAGUUAACAUUUUAAUGACAAUGUUUCAAUAUUUUGAUUUUGCAGAGGCAUGAGUGCUUUUUUUAUAUUAUAAAACAGUUAUAUAGGCCUACACAGUUUGCCAUAAAUUCCACAUGGUCUUGUUUAUUAUGUAAUUUAAAUUUAUGUAUAAUUAUUGUCACCAUGUUGACUUAAAAAUUGUGAUUUGGUUAGAUUUGUUUAGCAGUACAGUAUAUACUUAUAUUUACUGUGUUUUAUAAUAAUAUACGUGUAAAAGUGUUUAUUGUCUUGAUUUUCAGUAAACUACAAAAUUUGGUUAGUGAUGUCCAAAUGGAAUAAUGUAUAUCCAUCAUUGUAUUUGUUAUAUAUUUGAGACUGAACUUGUGAAAACUGUAUCUCACAUAAAAAAAUCAAAAAAGAAAGGUUUCUACAUGUGUAAACAGGGUUGUGUGAUAUAAAAACUGUUACUCUUUUUAAAUAUCCUCAUAUUAUUAAUUAUAAUCUGAAUUUGAAUAAAUUCCUUAUUUAUUUUUCAUAAAAUAUUACAA